AUGUUGAGAUUGUUGUUUAGUGGAUUCUUGGUGUUUCUUGCCAUUCAAAAAGUGCAAAUGCAUUCAUAUCAUUUGGGAGCAUGUCCCGUUAUUGAACCCGCACAGGAUUUCAAUAUGAAUGGGAUGUUAGGAAUUUGGUAUGUGAUGGAAAAAACUAGUACCGCAAGCAGUUGCAUCGUAUACAACAUCACUAGGUCAGAAGAACCAGGCGAAUACAUUAUAGAAGAAAUCAGCCAACACUUUUUGUUGGCUCUGACUCCCUUGAAGCAUGGCUACCAUUACAGGGGAACCCUGAAAGUUCCUGACGGCUCGGUACCAGCCAAGAUGACAGUGAAGUUUCCUUUAAGUGUUGCUGGUUCCUCAUCUUUCACGAUAUUCUCUACUGAUUAUGACACCUAUGCUGGAAUUUUCACCUGUCAAAAAUUAACUUUCGCUCACAGACAAUCUGCCACCAUCCUGUCUAGAACGAAAUCUCUGGACAAAAUUUAUGUUGAUAAGAUAAGAAAUAAACUGUCUAACGCCCAAAUCGACCCGUUCGACCUGUCCAUCAUCAAGCAAAACGACUGCCCCAAGGACCCGAACGCGGGCUACAAUAUCAACAUCAACGACGAUACGAUAUCGGCGCACGCCGCCGCCGAGGUCAUCAGGAAGGCGGGCAACAAGGUCGGAGACGGCGUCGAAUACCUGUCGGGCAAGGCCAAGGACGCCUAUGGCAAGGUGACCGAGAAGACGGCCAAGCAGGAGCAGGGGGGCUAUCAGAAGGUCGAGCCCGAUGCGGAGUGGUUGCCGUGA